UUUGGAAGUCAAGACUUGCUCCUUCUUCGACACAUUCCUUGCAAACAAAACAAGAACCUGCACACGCACACACACGCACAUACGAAGAAACUUACAAACCAUCAUCACCCAGGCACCCAUCGGCAAGUCAAAUCCCUCAAAAGUUCCUCAUUAUCUCCCGUCUUUUCUUUGCCGCGUACGCAAGCGCCGUCAACCAGACUCGUGGCACCAUCCACAAUUUUUGCGAUUAAGUCAGCACUUGUCGUCAGGCAGUCGUCGGCCCCCUGUGACAGUCCUGCAUGGCACCCCUCGCACUGCAACGGUACCCGAGGGACUGCGUCGAGCGCCCCAUUCAGGACCACCGCGCAUCGCCGUAACACCUGGAUUCAUGGCUAAAUUCCCUUUUUGAGCCGCUUCAUUGAACCUCACACCUGGCUUUGUCACUUUGACUCACACCGGUCACAUCGCUGCCAGGGGUAGCCUUGUUCUGCUACAAGGUACUCCAACAGUGUUCCAAUUACUUGGUUCUGCUUGGCUCUUCCAGGGAGUCCUUCACUUACCAGGACUGUGGUGAGGGUUCGGACUGGGUCUCCACGUCCACGCUAGCACCCUUCGACAAUGGCGACUGGGUUUUCCCAAUCACCCUCGGUCGAAGACUUCGACCCGUCAGAAGAUGAGAUGCGUGCUGUUGUGCUGGCCCCCGGGCCUCAAAACCAGGCAGUCUUCUCUGCUGCUGCCGAGGAAGUGCUCCUGGGCAGUGAGGCUUCAUCGCCGUCAGAUGAGUCCGCUGCAGGCACACCCGUCAUAAUGAAUUCGAGAGCGUACCAAACCGAGAUGUUUGCCGAAAGCAUGAGGCAAAACAUUAUUGUGGCUAUCGUCUGGUUCCUGGCCCCCACAGUAUCACUCUGUGCCCAGCAAUUUGCCGUGCUUCAGUCUCAAAUACCAGAGGUCCAGAUCAAGUUUCUCAGUGGCGAGGACAAUGUGGACGCUUGGUCCGACCAGGGAACGUGGGACGAGGUACUCCAUAAUGUUCGGAUAGUUGUGUCGACAUACCAGAUCUUGCUGGACGCCUUGUCGCACGCCUUCGUACGUAUGGAGAGGCUCUCUCUGGUCGUUUUCGACGAAGCUCACAACUGCAUCGGCAAGUCUCCCGGAAGCAAGAUCAUGACGGUCUUCUAUCACGAAGAAAAGCGCAGAGGCCAUCACAUCCCCCACAUAUUGGGCUUGACGGCAAGUCCGACAUUUGGUUCCAAGGCCGAGGGCAUCGUCACUCUCGAGGCAACACUGGAUGCCGUUUGCAAGAGCCCCACGAUGCACCGCAGCGAUCUUCUUGCCUGUGUCAGGAAGCCAACAAUGGCCUUUGUCUCCUAUCAACCUCAGGAAUGUCCCGAACUUCCGGGUAGCCUGCGAAGUCUGAGAAAGGUCAUUCAAAGUCUCGAUAUGUUGGAUGACCCCUACGUUCUGCAUCUUCAAUCCGAAGGAACCGACCGCAGUCGACGGGAGCUGAUGGCCGUUCUGGAGAGCCACGACACCUAUAUUCAAAACCAAAUGACGUCGUUUGGUCGCCAGGCGUAUUUGAUCUUCCGAGACAUCGGUCCUUGGGCAACAGAGUACUACAUCUGGGUAGUCAUUUCACGCUUCACGGCUGCGCUCCAGUCACAAAGCACCUGGCUGGAUACAUGGAAGAAAGAGGAGAAGGAGUAUCUCGCUACGAUACUCAGUCAGGUCGAGUGCCAUUGUCCGUCCGAGCAUUCUAUCAGCCGUGAAGUUCUCUCAGAGAAGGUCUACACUCUUAUCGAACAUCUCUCCCAAGACAAGACCGAUGUCAUCGGUAUUGUGUUCGCCAGGGAGAGGGUAACGGUCUCGGUGUUAUGCCACUUGCUCGCAUCGCACACGCUGCUCCGAGAGCGCUAUCGAAUAGGAGCGAUGGUGGGCACUUCCCAAUUCCAAGCCAGAAAGAGAGACGUCUGGGAUCUCUCUCGGGUUGAAGACUUACAAUCGCUGCAUCAGUUCCGAACUGGGAGAACUAACUUGCUCAUCGCCACCAGCGUCCUCGAGGAAGGCAUUGAUGUGCCGGCUUGCAAUCUGGUCUUCUGCUUCGAUACCCCACCGAACCUGAAGUCUUUUAUACAACGCCGUGGACGAGCCCGGAUGAAGGAAUCCAAGCUCCUGAUGUUGCACAGCUCGGAUUCCACCCGGAAGAAAUGGGAGGCCAUGGAAGCGGAGAUGAAGAGUCACUACGAAGAACAAGAGCGAGAGCUUGAACGCCUCCAAGACAUGGAAGACAUUGAGGAGUCGAAAGAUAUGAUGUUCGUGAUUGACCGGACUGGGGCAGUCUUGGAUCUUGACAACGCAAGGCAGCAUCUCGACCACCUCUGCCGAAUCCUAUCUCCGGGAGAAUUCAUCGACUGGAGACCCGAUUACAUUAUCCAAAAGCAAGACACAUCCGAGGCACCAUACCUGAGGGUAACUGUGGUGUUGCCCAGCUAUCUCCCAUCCUACGUCCGUAAGGUCGACAGCCAAAAGGCGUGGAAGUCGGAAAGAAAUGCCACCAAGGACGCUGCGUUCCAGGCUUAUGUUGGUCUUUACAAGGCAGGGCUCGUCAAUGAUAAUCUGUUGCCAUUCAGACCAGAGGAUUUCGUCGCCGGGGUUAACAAAGUACCUGCCAUUCUCCAGGUCAACGGUCUACUCAAUGCCUGGAUCAACGUCGCCAAAGCGUGGAAGCUCGGAGAUAGUUUGAGGUCGACCCGCAUUCUACUAAAAGAUUCGGCUGGAGCUCUUCAGGGAGAGUAUGAGAUGACUCUUCCCGUUUGGGUCCCAGGGCUGCAGACGAUUCCCAUUCACCUGGACUACAACACCUCCUGGUCCGUCGAGUUCGGGGAACAGCUUCCCGUUGACGAUCUUACGGGCAACGAUGACACGGCUGUGCUGCUCGCUCUACCGUACGGCCACCGCUGGAUGUCGGCGGACACUCAGCAGGUCGUGAGAUUCAGCGCAGUUGGCAACGCCAAUCUGUCCGUGAGCCAGAUUGGGGUCAACCAGUUCGUUGAAGAGCUCAUGUCGGCGCAAGACCUGACUUGCUUCAUCCGUGACCAGACCGGCUGUCCAUACACAUACGAGGGCAUCAUUCCAAGCAAACCGGCAGCUCAGUCUGUGCAGAAGGUUUUCUACGAAUUCGAGGAUGCCCCCGAAGAUGUGCCAUACCUGGCACUGAGGAAGUGGUCUCGCCGGUCAGACUUUCUCCAUCGGCCGCAAAGCGAUCCUGACCAAAGCCCGAGCAGCGGCAAGCCAUACAACAGAGUCUACCCGAUGUCAUGGGCGAAAGUAGACACUGUAUCAGCCGACUAUGCUCGGUUCGGAGUGCUAAUCCCAUCCAUUUUGCAUUGUAUCGAAACCCACCUUGUCGCGCGGGAGCUAUCUGCGGGUCUCUUGCGGCCGCUGGCAAUAUCAGACCCAGCUCUCGUGCUCACAGCCAUCAGCACGGGCAGCGCUGCCGAGCCCACCAACUAUGAAAGAAUGGAGUUUCUUGGGGAUUCCAUCCUUAAAUUUUCCACUACAAUCAACGUAGCUGCACUGAACCCAGACUGGCCAGAACGGCUUCUCUCUUUCAAGAAGGACGGCAUCGUGGCGAACUCGACACUCUGCAAAGCCGCCAUUAAGCAUGGUCUUGACAGAUUCAUUCUCACCAAGCCGUUCACGGGGCAGAAAUGGCGCCCAAUCUACGUGGACGACGUUCUCCAUCGCGGUGACGAGAAGUCUACGAGAAGAAUCUCGACGAAGACCCUCGCUGAUAUUGUCGAGGCACUUAUUGGGGCCUCGAUGAUCGACGGCGGUCUGGAAAAGGCGUUGAAGUGCAUGUCUAUCUUCCUCCAGCAGAUCAAGUGGAGAACCCUGGAUGAUUGCCGCCAGACCUUGUACGACGCCGCUCCUCCUGAUGUAGAGCUUCCGUCAACCCUCGAACCUCUGGAACAGCUGGUCGGUCAUGAGUUCAAAAAGAAAGCUCUCCUGGUUCAGUCCAUGACGCACGCCUCGUUCACUUUGGGUAACACCCUUGGAUGCUUGGAGCGUCUUGAGUUCAUUGGAGACUCGGUUCUCGACUAUGUCAUUGUCAGCCGUCUCUUCGCCGUCACGCCUCCGCUCUCGCACCAAACCAUGCAUCUCCUCAAGACAGCCAUGGUUAACGGCGACUUUCUCGGCUUCCUUUCUCUGGAGCAGUCCGUCAGCCAGGACGAGGUUGUUAUUGGCGGCGACCCUACGGGCAAUGAACCCAUCUUGCGGCACUCCCGCUUCUCUUUACCCUUAUGGAAAUUUAUGCGACACCAGUCGCCCGCGAUCGGUCUCGAGGAGGUCAACGUGUCCAAACGGUACGCCGGCCUCAGGGACCAGAUCAUCGACUCGAUGGAGAGGGGCCAGACGUACCCCUGGGCGCUCCUCGCGCGCAUGCAGCUCCGCAAGUUCUACUCGGACAUCUUCGAGUCUCUCCUCGGCGCUGUUUAUGUCGACUCCGGUGAUCUCGAAGUCUGCGCCCGGGUCGUCGAGCGCUUCGGUAUUCUGGGAUACCUGGACCGCAUCCUUCGGGACAACGUGCACGCGCUGCAUCCCAAGGAGGAGCUGGGCCAUCUCGCCGAUAAGGAAAGCGUGACGUAUGUUCUGGAUGUGCGGCAGACGGACGAGGGAGAAAAGGAGUACCUGUGCAAGGUCUUGGUCGGCACUCGGUGCGUCGUGGAAGUUGACGGGGGCGUUACCCGGGAUGAAGUCAAGGUCAAGGCCGCGGAGGCGGCGGUAAGCAAACUCAAGGCAGAAAAGCUGGCUGCGAAGACGGAAGGCAUGGUCAUUCGUGAAGAAGACAAGGAUCUGAGUAUGGAGAAUACAAACGACCAAUAGACAGAUUAGUACGAUUGAUGAUUUGGACGAAUUUCCCAGAGUCUCGCGGCCAGAUGCGGGGAACGAAUGGUAGCAAGAGCAAUCAGCUUUUUAUUUAUUUUUUAAUGAUUAAUUAACCCCCGUAAUUCGUAACUCGUCGUAUCGCUGU